CCAGUGGACGCCAGUAACAGCUGUUUUGGUGUCUUCAUACUUGCUUCCUAUCGUGAAAUUCGUACAUUUUCACACUGACUAUAGUGAGUACAAUUUGUUUAAUUUAAUUAAUGUUAUUAAUAACAAAUCGAAGAAAUUGAACUCGUUUCCUGUGCCGGAAGAAGAAUAAACUGAAGUGCAGACAAAAAGUAUAGGUUAUAGUGUCACAUCUUUCAUCUUCCAUUACAUCGACCAAAAAAUGUUUUAAGAAAUUCUGAAUUUCCAAGAUUGAUGGACUAGAAAAUUCGUUAAUCUUCGAGGGGAAACGUAAAUAUGUCGAAUUGGAACGGUAAUAAGGGUCCAAUUCCGCCCCGAUGGCUUCAUUGUCCACGAAAAGCGAUCAAAUUAAUUCAGAAUACGUUUCUCGCUUUUAAAACACCUCUGUCGUCUGCGUUCGACACCCAGGUGCCGGAGGAAUGUCGUUUCACGAUCGAUAUGCUAUUUGCUUCUUUAAAGAGCCAAAAAUUGAAAUUAGGCCUAUGGAUUGAUCUGACAAACACUACGAGAUUUUACGAUAAGGAGAACCUAGAAGAGUAUGGUUGUAAAUAUUUGAAACUUCAGUGCAGGGGUCAUGGAGAGACUCCUUCCGAUGAGCAAAUAAAAACUUUUGUACAAGUCUGCAAGAAAUUCACAUUAUAUAAUCCACUGGAUAUCAUUGGUGUACAUUGCACCCAUGGUUUCAAUCGAACUGGCUUCCUUAUUGUUAGCUACUUAGUAGAGAAUGAGGGUAUUAGUGUAGAUGCUGGCAUAGCAGAAUUUGCCAAUGCAAGACCACCUGGUAUUUAUAAAGCAGAUUACAUUCAAGAAUUGUUUAGGAGGUACGAUGAUAUAGAAGAUGCUCCAGAUCCUCCACCAAGGCCAGCUUGGUGUCUGGAAUAUGAUGAUUCCAAUGUAGAAGACAGAGGUGAAGGUCCUAGUACUGAAAACGAUAAACAUAGUCUGGAGCCUUCUUCUAAGAAACGGAAGCGUGAAUUUAAUAAAAAGAAUCCAGUAUUCAUGGCUGGUGUACCUGGUGUAACUCCUACACUAGAUGAAAGGAAACUAAGUGGAAUACAGAGACGUGUUCAGGAUAUAUGUAAUUGGGAAUCAACAGGAUUUCCAGGCUCCCAACCUGUAUCUAUGGACGAGGAUAAUAUUAGAUUGUUACAUGAAAAACCAUACAUGGUAUCCUGGAAGGCAGAUGGAACCAGGUACAUGAUGAUGAUACAAGGUGAUGGAGAUAUUUACUUUAUAGAUAGGAAUAAUAGUGUGUUUCAAGUUAGUGGCUUGACCUUUCCACAUCUUAGAGAUGUGAACAGAACUCUUAGAGAUACUUUGUUGGAUGGUGAAAUGGUAAUUGAUAAGGCAGAGGGUAAAGAUAUCCCAAGAUACUUAGUUUAUGACGUAAUUAUGUAUGAUGGUAGGGAUGUGAGUAAAUUGCCAUUCCACCCGGAUCGUUAUAAUAAUAUUGAGAAAGAGAUUAUGGGUGGUAGACACAGAGCAAUCAGAGAAGGAAGACUGCGAAAAGAAAAGGAGCCGUUUGCAGUACGAAUAAAAUUCUUCUGGGACGUGAUACUGGCAGCCAAUUUAUUAAGCGAUAAGUUUGCCAAAAAGCUGGGCCAUGAACCUGAUGGUCUAAUAUUUCAACCUUCUAAGGAACCUUAUUGCCCAGGAAUCUCCAGAGAAGUCUUAAAAUGGAAGCCGUUAUCGCACAAUUCGGUAGAUUUCAAAUUGAAAAUAGUUACAGAAUCUGGAGUCGGAAUUCUUCCAAAGAAGGUUGGACACCUUUACGUGGGAGGAUUAGAUGUGCCAUUCGGUAAAAUGAAAGUCACCAAAGAGAUCAAGGAUUUGAAUAACGCGAUCGUAGAGUGUAAAUUUGAAAAUUGCCAAUGGGUUUUCAUGCGUGAAAGAACAGAUAAAUCGUUUCCCAAUUCGAAAAAUACAGCCGAGUCUGUAUGCAAAACUAUUGGUAAACCUAUCACAUCCGAACGACUAAUCAGUUACAUCGAGAGGCAUAGAUUUUUACCAGAUGACUCCGAUCUUAUGCCACCACCGAGUAAAGGAAGCAGAUGAUUAGAGACUGCAGUUAAUUAAGUGCAACCUCGCCAACAUUAUUAUUUACUUAGAAUUAAAAUAUGGUAUAAUUAUCAUAACGUACACGAGUAAAAUACUGUUGUGUAGCUCAUUUUACUAAUUUCAAAUUGUUUUAAAUGCUACAACAUCUUAUACAACUGAAAUCUUUUCAUUCAAUAA